AUGUCACGAUUUAUUUUUCUACUCUUAAUUUUUAUUGGGUUUACUUCAGCCCAGCUUUCAACAAUCAACACACCUAGUAAUAGAGUUGCGAUAGGUGCCAGCAUUCCAAUCACUUGGCAAUAUACCCCACAAGCGAAUCAGCGUCCAGGCACUUUAAGUGUAAUCGAUAACGCGACUAAAAAUACAACCAUUAUUGACAGUGCAGUAAAUCUCACUGCUCAAUCUUACACAUGGAAGGUCAGUGUUCCCAUGGGCACUUAUUACCUUGCUCUCAACGAUGGUACUGGUGAUAAGGCUAGUUCUAGCGCUAGCACCAAAGCGAAUACACCACCAGCCCAGAUGAAUGCUGCUACAAAGGUUCAAUCAAUUAAUACACCUGGUAAUAGAAUUGCGGUUGGUGCCACUGUUCCAAUCACUUGGCAAUAUACCCCACAAACUAAUCCGCUCCCAGGCACUUUAAGUGUCAUCGACAACACAACUAAAAAUACCACUACUAUUAGCGGUUCAAUAAACCUCUCUGCCAAGAAUUAUCAAUGGACGGUCAAUGUUGCUGCGGGCAUGUAUUACCUUGGUCUUAAUGAUGGGUCUGGAGAUAAAUACUCUGGAACUUUCGAAGUCUUUUCUACUGGAUCCUCUGGUUCUCCUUCCAGUCCCCAACCUACAACAAAUUCCCCUUCUGGUUCAAGUCCUAAUAAAAGUGGUGCUGCACC